GGGACCAUUUUUUUCCUUCAUCGUCCUACGGCUUUUCGCGCACAAUCGAUAGUCAAAGCGUGUAUAUCUCACGCGCCACGACGUAUACACGUGUACGUGAAUGCAUCGUUGGUACACGUGCCUAUCAUCAUUGAUAGAUUUCAGUAAGCGCACGAAUCGAUUCGACCAGGAUGUCUCGAGGAAACAUCGACCAUGUACCUGCGAAUACAUCGAUGUAAUAUGUGAUCUGGAUAACCGCUCGUUUCUUUGGGUUAUCUCGAUUCUUGGUUCACAUUUCGUUCCUGUGAGCUCUUUUCGUGACAGAACGUUAACAAAUUGGCGAACGAAGGACAGGAAAAAAAGGGGGAAAAAAAAGUAUCACGUGCAAACGAUAAGCAAACAGCUGCCGGUCUACGCGUCUCCGCUUCGAUGACCGAAGUUAUGCGAAACCGAAGUCUAUAGACAGAAGAGUACAUAUGGGAAUGGUCAGGUCAAUAUGUGACUUAAAAAAGAA